AUGAGCAGUCGUCCUUCGAAUAAUCCCAGCCCAUCAAACUCCCCAGAGCCUACGCCUCGCCGCGCUGCAUCAGUAAUUCCAGAAGCUUCGAAUCAGACAACUACUUCUUCUUCUGACGGCCGCCAACACUCUGUGGAAACUCCCCAACCUACCGCUGGACCACGAUCUCAAUCCGCACCUCCCAAUCCCGUCUACACCGAGCAAGAGACCCAUCCCACAAGACCCCUCAUCAUCAUCACCGAAUCCCCCGAACCGCGCAGCAGUCCAGAGCCAGAAUCUGCAUCCCGCCAAGGCCGUCCACUCGCAGCCCGAACCGCGUCCAGAAACAGCUCCUCGCAACCGCCGCACAGGAGGUCAACGACUCCCUACGCCCGACCAACCUCCUCCAGCCCAAGAUCGCGCUCGCAACCGCGCUCAGCCCCAACCCCAACAACAACCACCGCAGCCAUGUCCUCCGCCUCCUCUUCCCCGGGCAACACCUCCACCGCAGGCGCGACUUCCAGCUCCUCAGGCAACCCGUCCUACCAGCUCCCCUACGCCCCCUUUCCGUAUCCCAUGCCCGCGAACGCCCGCGGCUCCGGACAGGGCCAGCAAGGCAGCAGCGGCUCUGGGUCCGGCAAAUAA